CUCACCGCCAUGGCCUCUGCGCCGUCCAGUCAUUCGCCGGUAGUGGCGGCGACUUCCCGUCAGGAAGCCGGGUCUCCGCCUCCUCCUCCCACCCCCCCCUGCUCGGCGGCGGAGGCGGCGGCGGUGGUAGCGGUUGUUCUUGCCUCUCCGCCACCUCCACCGCGGCCUAUCCCGUGGCCGGCGGCGUUGGCGGGGAGGGGGACAGUAGUUGUAGACGCCCGCCCCUGCCUCAGAGAAGAGACCAUAAUUGAACGAAUGAAGAUUGAACUUUUUACAAAAAGUUCAAAGACGUCUGUGGAGUAGUGUUACAGUUUGAAUAACAAAGGAUUUCAUAUUAUGAGGUCUCCAGUUAUUGCAUAGUUUCUACUAUUUGGGGAAAGCUCAUGCUGAAAAACUGAGGCACUGAGGCAAUUUAUGAGUGAAUAUGAUCAGAUUUCUCCACCAAGUUCUCAGCCUGAUAAGGAGAAUCCCUUUUUGUCAACCUAAUGAAGCAUUCAAAGAAGACAUAUGACUCUUUUCAAGAUGAACUUGAAGAUUAUAUUAAAGUACAGAAAGCCAGAGGUUUAGAGCCAAAAACUUGUUUCAGAAAGAUGAGAGAGGACUGUUGGGAAACCUAUGGGUACAAAGAAGAGGUUGAUCCCAGACCCAUGUACAGAAUGCUUGAUCAAAGACUCCCAUCUGAAACCGUCCAGACCUACCCGAGAUCAUGCAAUAUUUCACAAACAGUGGAAAAUCGGUUGCCUCAGUGGUUACCAGCCCAUGAUAGCAGGCUGAGACUAGACUCUCUGAGCUACUGUCAAUUCACCAGGGACUGUUUCUCAGAAAAACCAGCACCCCCGAACUUUAGUCAGCAAGAAUAUAAUUGUGGCUCAUACAGUGUAGAAUCUGGAAUUUAUAAGCACCUCUCCUCAGAUUACAGUGCCAGUACUCAUCAUGCCAGUCAUAAACAGAUGCAUCCAAAGAGGAAAAGGCACCCAGAGGAAGGCAGAGAAAAACCCAAGGAGGAACAGCCCAAGCAUAAGAGGAAAAGAAGUUGUGAGGAAAUUGAUUUAGACAAACACAAGAGCAUCCAAAGAAAGGAAACAGAGGUGGAAAAAGAAACUGUACAGGUCAGUACAGAAAAGCUUAAAAAUCGAAAGGAGAAAAAAAGCCGAGAUGUAGCCUCUAAGAAAGAGGAACGUAAGCGUAGGAAAGAGAAAAAGGAACAAGGCAAAGAAAGGACAGAGGAGGAAAUGCUUUGGGACCAGUCUAUCCUUGGAUUUUGAAGCUUUUUAGUUGGUUCUCCCAAAGUUAAAUUGAAAAACUAGUUGAGGAGCUUGGUUUUAUGAUGUUCAUGUUCAUAUCACUUUUCUCAUGUGAACAGAGGCCAAUGAACAGAAAGUAUUUAGUAUGCUUACUAUCCAACACAGAAAUUACUUUUCCUCAUUUUCUAAAAACAUUAUUACACUUUUCUUACAUAUAAUGUUAUUUCCCUUAAUGAGAGUGGUUCUGCUUUUAUUCAUCAAAUUGCUUGGAUGGCAGGAUUUAUUUUCCCUUGAGAGGCUAUUUAUUUUAAAUUGGAGGAUCAAUAGACUUUGCAGAAUCUAUUUCUUGAUUGGGUUUGUUAUAGUUUUGAAUUGGGUAUUUUUAUGUUCAUUGGUUUUCUCUAUGAAGCAAUUUAUUUUUUUCCUUUGUUAGAUCUAACUUGCAGUGUAUUUUCUAGGUUGGAAAAUGGAAAAUGAAAUACAUUAUAAUAAUAAGCUUAGGUUACAUAUAGUUUUAAAAGUUUCAAAGAAUCUUGAUACAAAAUCAGUUUAUAUUCUGGAAAUGUUUAUAAUAAAGUGUUCUAAUUUCUG